CCUCGCACGAUCCGCAUCUUUUUCUGGAUCCUGGUCCGGUAUUAUCUGCUCCCGUAUCCGCGUGAUAUUUAUACGCCGAAAUUUUUGAAUUUUUAUUAUUUUCGCGCGCGAACUUUUUUUUGUUAUGAUUGUUUAUUGAGAUUUGUGGGGUUUUUUGCUGUUCUUGUGGUAAAGUUGUAGGUUUAAGAUAUACUGAAAACUUUGUUUUUUAUUUCUUGAACGAAAAAACUUAGUGUGGUGGUGCGGGGAUUAAGUUAGAGAGAUUCAAAUGAAAUUCUAAUUAACAUUCUUAAGGAUGCCAAACCGCAACUAACUUGCUAAAUCAAGAAAUUCCCGUUCGUUCCUACAGAACCAAGAAAAUGCAGUUCUUGAUAUUUAUAGUAUUCGGUGCCACUCUGUUCAAAGAUUCCUGGCAAGCUACUAAAAUCAAAUCAGAGCCGGCCAUACAGCCGAGUUUCAUAUCUUCCAGUCAAGUUUUCAAAGUUAAGGAUCAGGAUACGGUGGUUUUGCCAUGUGAAGUUGCUAAUCCAGGUCCUUACGUGCUUGUAUGGAAACGCGGUAUCGCCGUGCUAUCAGCUGGAAAAACUUUAGUUUCUCCCGAUCCCAGGGUAACAUUGAACCCGGAUUUUAGUCUAGAAAUAAAGGAAGUGGGACCCCAAGAUGCCGGAGAUUACGUUUGUCAAAUAGGGACUUUACAACCGAAAGAAAUCACCCAUACCGUCGAAAUACUUGUUCCUCCAAGGAUUCACUACAUAACCUCAAACGGACGUGUUGAAGUUAAAAAAGGCUCCUCGGUACGUAUGGAGUGUAAAGCUUCGGGAAAUCCGGUACCAAAGGUCACGUGGUCGCGGAAAAAUAACCUUCUUCCGGGAGGUGAACAGAGCAUUAUUUCUCCGGCAUUGGUUCUGGAUAAAGUGGAUCGACAUCAUGCAGGUGUCUAUCAAUGUGUGGCCAAUAAUGGAGUGGGAGAAGAGGUUAAAGAGCAGAUUUAUCUACAUGUUUUGUAUCCGCCGGAAAUCACCGUGGAAAGGCCGGUGGUUUACUCGGGAGAAGGCAUGGAAGCCCAACUCGUUUGCAUUGUGCAUGGAGAGAGUCAGCCAGAGGUUUUAUGGUAUAGAGACACUAUGCAACUGGAUACGACUGAGCGCAGGAUAAUGGAAUCCAGGGGAUCUAGACACACGUUAGUAAUACGAAAAGUGAACCGACAGGACUUUGGAAAUUACACUUGUGUGGCCGAUAACCAACUAGGAAAAACUAGAAAGAGUAUUCAGCUCACUGGAAAACCACAUCCAGUAAAAUUCAACAGCCCCACCACGAGCCGUUGGAAACAAAACUACAACAUUAGCUGGGAAGUUGAAUCUUUAAGUCCCAUAGAAGAAUACAAACUUUUAUACAGGAAACUUCCGGAAGUAUCUGUUGUCACCGGUGACAAUCAGCCACAACCCUUACACCAUCAAAGCCAGAAAAAGUUGAACCAACGCGGGGAAAACCGAACUUACUCGAUCACCAACUUCGGUCAUAGCCGCCCAAUGAAAGAUUGGAAAUGGAACGGAUUGGAAUGGCGGGAUGUCAUAUUGCCGGCGAUUCCAGCCCAACCUGUCGGGAUGCAGUUUAUGAGCUACGACAUACGUGGCCUGGAACCAGGACAACAGUACGAGGCACGAGUCCAGGCCCGGAAUAAGUUCGGAUGGAGUCCAGAGUCUCCCUCCUUUAUUUUUAAGACGACUGAGACGGAUGAGAGCACCACAGAUAACAGACAUCUAUUUGCCGAAAACGCAAUAGAAGACGUCCUGAGUGUAAAAUCCAGAAACGGGGCCCAAGAAAUUUCUAAUUUAAGUUAUUUAGUCGUACUGUCUUUUGUGUUUAUGAUUUUUUAUAAUAAUUAAGCUUUUACUCCUAAAAUUUUAUUUAUUUUUCCACUUAUUGUAAAUACAGUUGUAUAUACCCUGACCUAAAAUGUAAUUAAACGUAACAAGUACCAUCUA